AUGUUAAUUUGGCCAAUUUCAUUACCUUUAUUUACACAUUGGUUACGAAUUUUCUCUCAUUUAUUUUCAUUUGUUGUUCCUUUAUUAGUUUUAUAUGGAUUAAAACAUUGUUUACCACGUUUAUGGUCAACAUUUGUUUUUACAUCGAAUCAAAAUCAAAAUGAAGAAAAUAAUCGAAAAUCAAAUGAAAAAAUGAAAUUAAAUCGAAAUUAUUAUGGAUUUUUAGUUUAUGUGACAUUUAUUUUAAGUUGUCAUAUCACGAUUAUUGAAACAGCAAAACGUUUGAUUUCUGCAUUUGUAAUUGUGAUUUUUGAAAUGUCUCGUUUGAAUUCAAGUUGUUUCAUACGACGAUGGGAAUCAUCUGAUAGUUCGUAUAUGGCAUAUCUUUCUUAUUUACAUAUGGAGAAAACUUACAGAAUACCAACUGAAAUUUCUCCCGAACCCAAUGACAUUGUUGUAGAUAACAAUGAAAAUGAUUAUUCUUCAAUUAGAAGUGAUACGCAACGACCGAUUCAAUCGAACGACGAUGACAACUGGGAUGCAUCUAUAAUAGGAAGAUCUCGAAUAGGUUCUCAAUCAAGUUUUGCCAAAGAACAAUAUUCAGACAGUUCAUCGGGAGUCAAAUCUGUAAUUACAACUUCUCAACAAAUUGAUUCGAGAAAUUUAUCAUUGAGUCGUGCAGCAUUAAAAAUACUUCUUCGAUCACCAUUAAAUUCAGAAAAAGACUCUCCACAAGUUAAGAUGAGACACAAGAGAGAGGCAGACUUUUGA